AUGUCUCCUGGUUUGUCCGCUGACGAAACCAUGAAACUGACGUCAUACAAAUCGUUUCUUCAUGAACGCAAGGUUCUCGUGGACUUUCUGGCCAUCUUAUUCGGGAUCGGCUCAUGGAUUGGCAUUAAUUCUACAUUUGUUCAAUUCCCUCUGCUCGUCGCAGCGGCUCCUGAAGGAUGGGACCUACCUUCAUACAUUGUAGUGAUUAUACAACUGGGCAACCUUGGUCCCCUCGCCUACACACUCGUCCAGAAGUACUCUCCGAAGAAGAUUCUGGAUGCAAAUGUGAUCUAUGGGAUAUUAACUGUAGGAUGUGCGGCUGCUCUGGCCAUGUGCUUCGUCUAUGAUGUUACAGCAAUCGUUGGAGGCGUGGAGAGGAGUGUUUGGCUGUUUGUUGUGGUGUUCUUCUUGGCUCUCGUGGGAUGUUCCAGUUCUGUCCUCUUUAUGCCCUAUAUGGGACGAUUUAGAGAGAUCUAUCUCAUCACAUAUCUCAUUGGUGAGGGUCUCAGUGGCUUCCUGCCCAGUAUUUUGGCCCUCAUUCAGGGUGUUGGAGGCAAUGCUCACUGUGUCUUGAGGAAUAAUACUGAGGGACAGCCAGAAUAUGAACUAUACACACCACCACCUCGCUUCGAAACUCAGCAUUUCUUUGCGUUUGUCACCACAUUUAUGGCUGUGAGCCUGGGUGCUUUUAUUCUCCUGGAAAACCUCCGGAUAUGCAGGAAAGAGUAUGUGGCGGUUAAAAUUGAGAAGGGAAAUAAGUACACGUACGAUGAGUCGUCAAAAUUCAAUGAAAGUGGAGAGCAAUUGUCUGUCCAGGAGGAUUCUCAGGUGACCAGUCUCUCUGUGACCACGUACAGAAUCCUUUUGAUUCUCAUGGCUAUCAUCUGCAUGUUUGGCAAUGGGAUUUUCCCCAGCAUUCAAUCAUAUUCGUGCUUACCAUACGGCAACAUUGCCUAUCAUUUGACCGUGACCCUGAGCUCAAUAGCCAAUCCUCUAGCUUGCUUCUUGGCUGUCUUCUUGCCCCACACCUCAAUCAGGCUAAUAACUAUAUUGAGUUCGAUUGCGACAGCAAUUGGGAUUUAUGCUGUCACCACUGCUGUGAUGAGUCCAGCUCCACCGCUCCUUGGGAAUAUUUGGGGAGAGAUUUUGGUGGUGAUAUCUUGGACAAUUCUCAAUGGUCUCAUUAGCUACAUGAAAUUAUCCAUAACAUCAAUAUUCCGGUUCCAAGGUGGAAAAUCACUCGUUUGGGUUGGAGGUGUUUCCCAAGUUGGCUCAUUUACAGGGGCCAUUCUCGCCUUUGUACUUAUCAAUUAUGCUGGGAUUUUCAUCUCCUACACACCCACAUGUCCAGCUGUUCCUUAGGCUCUAGGCAAAAUUAUUUUUACUAAUUUUUUUAGAAUAAAGACAUUAGGAUAUAAAA